GGGUCGCAGCGGUUGAUUUUAAGCAUUAUUUGGAGUUUUUUGAAGCAAAUAACGGCUCAAUUCGGCUUCAUUUUGUGACAGCUAGUUAGCUAAGUAGCCAAUUAGCUUAACGUUAACUACACGGUUGAGUUGGUCAACUCCCAUUUACAGUUAUGUGUUUCAGCUCUCCACCAGAGCCGACUUUAAUCUCUGUAAAUCUGACUUUAAGAAUAACUGAGCCUCGUCACGUUGUGUUUUUCCAUAUAGCACUGUGUUAACUCUUAGCUUCAGUUUUACGUGCGUAAUUUUCCUAGUUUAUACACAUUAAGUCGCGUUGUUGUAGUGAACCUGAGAUCAUGUCAUUACCAACGGCUGUUUCUAUAUAAGUGACAUUAAAGCAGCUGACACUUGACUCAAACAGGUAGAACUGGAACUGGGUUUUGAAGAACUGGCUGUGCAAAGGUUGAGUUGCAGAAUCAACACGACGUUUCACCUGGUGCAGAUAAGGCAUUAUCAGGUCAGGUCAUCCAUACAGGGUGUAAACAGCACCAAUAUGAGCUGACCAUGGAGGAUGUGGGACUGAUUUGAGGAGUAGUAGGAUAAACGUUUCUACAAUGGGGAGUCAGAGGAACGGAUUCAAGAAGGAGACCUUCAUUUUGUCGGUGGAUGUGGGAACUACGUCAAUCAGAUGUCACGUCUAUGAUAAGGAGGCAACAAUCAGAGGAUCAUGCACUACCAAGAUUGUCCCUCUGUAUCCAGAGGUUGGAUACGUGGAGAUGGACCCAGAUGCGCUGUGGAAAGGGUUUAUUACUGUGGUCAAGGGAGCUGUGCAAGAUGCAGAGGUACAAAUGCAUCAGAUAGAAGCCCUGGGCAUUUCCACCCAACGAGGCACCUUCACAACAUGGGACAGGAGAACUGGGGUUCCUUUCCAUAACUUCAUCAGCUGGCAGGAUCAGAGGUCUGCAGACCUGGUGAAGUCCUGGAACAGAUCCUGCACAAUGAAAACAAUCCAUGGUGCGAUGAAGGCGGUCUACUUCGUGACCAGAGAGAAGCGGUCACUUGCAGCAAGUCUUAUCGUCUUCUCCACUCAACAUGUCACCUUCCGCCUCGUCUGGGUCCUAACACACUGCAAGCAGGUUUGUCAAGCAGUAGCUGAGGGUAACUGCUGCUUUGGAACAAUAGACACCUGGCUCCUGUUCAAACUUACAAAAGGGAAGGUCCAUGCCACAGACUACUCUAAUGCCAGUGCAACAGGAAUUUUCGACUCCUAUCAGAUGUGCUGGAGUGGGUUUCUCUGCUCUCUAGUUUCGCUGCCUCUCUCUAUUUUCCCUAAAGUAGAAGAUACAGGCCAUGACUUUGGUUCCACAGACCCGUCCAUCUUCGGAGUGUCCAUUCCCAUCAUGUCAGUGAUGGCGGACCAGCAGGCAGCCAUGUUUGGAGAGUGCUGCUUUGACAUUGGUGAUGUCAAGAUCACUAUGGGAACAGGCACCUUUAUGGACAUCAACACCGGGAGCCAACCACAUACAUCCGUAGCAGGUCUGUAUCCUCUGGUGGGCUGGAAGAUCGGCUCAGAGGUGGUGUAUCUGGCGGAGGGCAACGCAGCAGACACAGGCACUGCCAUCAAAUGGGCACAGGAGCUGGAGCUCUUCUCUGACGUCCAGGAGACCAGCGCCAUGGCUUAUAGUGUCAGCGACUCAGACGGAGUGUGUUUCGUUCCUUCCUUCAGCGGCCUGCAGGCUCCUCUGAAUGAUCCCAAAGCUUGUGCCUCACUCAUGGGCCUCAAACCUUCAACCAAUAAAAGUCAUCUGGUGCGUGCCAUUCUGGAGUCUAUUGCCUUUAGGAACAAGCAGCUCUACGAGACGAUGCUGAGAGAAACUGACAUUCCCAUCACCAAGAUCAGGGUGGAUGGCGGUGUUUCUGCCAACGACUUCGUCAUGCAGCUGACUGCAGACCUGUUUGGCAGGAAGGUAGCCAGACCUCAACACUUGGAAAUGUCGUGUUUAGGGGCUGCUUUUGUCGGAGGGCUUGGAACGGGCUUCUGGAGGACCAAGGAAGAGCUGAAGAAGCUGCAGAACACAGACGAGGCAUUCUUGCCCAAAGGAGUACCCCAGGGCGGUGCUUGCAGCCCAAAUCGGGAAUACAUCCCCGUUGUUCAGAGCUGGGAGAAAGCUCUCCGACGCUCCAUGAAUUGGUACAAGCCUUGACACUGGAUGCACACACCAGGAGAUCCAGGGUUUGACCGAACGGGAAGAUAGAGACAUGGGUUUUGAGUCCUAUAUGACAGCAGAUGAUCCUUAUGAAACAAAAUAACUGUUAAGAUGACAACCAUCAGCUGUGUCUCUGAACUAUUUUAAGGGGAAAUUUUUAAGUGACACAAAGAAAUUAUACGUACAUGAUUUGGCAUCUUUCAACCUUUUGUGUCUAAGUUUCUAAUGGGAACAACAAUGUUGUCCAGUACUGAGCGACAGGGCUCCAGCUGGUUGCCACAUAAUCACUUGGGGCAUGUUUGCACAGUCAGUGUACGUCCUCUAAAAGUGUUUGGUUUUGCUACUGACAGGCUCAGAUUGUUAAUAUAUAGCUGUGUUUCCGCCAAACACUUUCGGUACAUACAUACCGAAGCGAUACAUACCCCAUACGGACAUAUACUUAACCUUUCUUUUUUUCACCGCAGACAGUACUCUGCUGCUCCGUCCAGCUCUCGCUGUAUUUCCUGUUCAGGAGUGAUGGAGAGGAACAUCUGCACCUCGCUGAUCGUCCAUGUAACAGGGUUUCACACUGAAAUUUUUUAAAACAAAGACUGGAGUGUUUCUCUGUCGCAACUGAUGGGAAAUUGAAAAAUAGUGGCCGUGUUCAUUGGGUCGAGAGAGGGGUUAUGAAAAAACAGAACUAAAUGGAACAGAUUUAUUGGUACCACCCACAACUUUUGACACUGGAAAUGCAAAUGUAACCUUUCUAAUGUGUAACCAACUGAACUACACCAGACUGCUUGAUGGAAAUGAGACAGUCAGACAACAAUAUAGAAAGUAUCCCUACAGAGAUAGACUUUUUUGUUAAAGAAUAAAGUCCUUUUUGUUUAAACAGAAACCCCUGAAGCCCUGAAAUCGCCAUCACCUCACCCACCAGACUCCAUUUAAAUAAACAGUCAUUUUAACGUGCAUAGAGCCAGCAUUGUUUCACAUCUAACUGGAUGAUUCAAGGGUUUAUUUUAACAAAACCAGAGUGGAUGGUUGUUUGAACAGUUUAAAUACAAACUGAGACUGUUUAGUGAGUUAUAUUUUGUGUCUGUCAACUCUGAAUGAAGUGUGUUUUACGAUGAUAAAAUUACCACUUAUUUAAAUGGAGUCUGGUGGGUUUAGUGAUAUUGAUUGCGCGGCUGUUUAUGUUUAAACAAAAAGGAUCUUAUUCUUUAACCAUAAAUCUAUUUCUGUACUAAUGCUUUCCAUAAUGGUGUCAGACACUUAUAAUAAAAAUCUGAGCCUGUCAGUGGCAAAAACAAGAACUUAAGUGAAGGUAAAUUGAGGAAAAUGCCCCGAGUGGUUACAUUGCAGCCUGUUUUGCCGCUGCUAACUGAAGCCCUCCCGCUUAAUAGUGGACCAGUUUAAAAAAUGUUGUCUCCAUUAGUAACUCAGACACAAAAACAUGAGUAAACAGGAUCCACCUUUAAAAAUAUAUAUAUAAAAUUAAAGGAAAUAACACAGCUUUCUUCUACUGAAAAGAAACACAGCUGAAGGUCAUACUCUUUGACAUCAUGGUACAGCACUGAUAACUGAUUGAAAGCAGGGUUGUGGGAAUGGUCCAGUACAGGUCUGAUCCAGGCCAGAGCGCUGUCAGCCUCCUUCACAACCUUGAGUUGUGGUCAACAUGCACAAGUUACUGCACCUUUUACUUGAUUUCUUCACACCAUCGAUACCUUAUUCUGUAUGCUUUCCACAUCUCAAGCCACUGGUGCCUCUUCAUGUCACAGUCUUUCAUCCAGCUGGGAUAAUAUUGGUACUGUUUCCCACAUGGGGGCGCUAAUGACUGGCUUUACAGCUCUUUAAUUUAUGAACGCCAUAGCAACCACAUGUCACAUGAUAAUAAGGAUUGAAAUCAGUGAUACCAGAUUGACACAUGAUCCUCUGUGAGGAAGAAGAACAGCACUUGGCCCUUCUGUUUGUGACACCUCAAGAUUUGUAGAGCUCUAAAUAGGAAGCAGAAUUUCAAGAUGUUGUAAAAUUGUGCCAGACUCUGAACUAACGCAGUUUAGUAUUUGCCUUUUUGACUAACUGUUUCUUUUCGAUUUGACAGUAUUUUCUUGUUUUCUUUUCAAGGAAAAGUUAGGCCUCUGGAGAAAAUCUCCAGUCACACAUGUUGCCAUUUGGAAAUCUGGAGCAGCUUUAAUUUUAUAAUGAUAAAUUCUGGCUGCACGCUUUACAAAGGACUUAAACUCACCUUCGAUCAAAGUACAAUAAUUAAAUGUGAUUGAACGUGAUGAUAAUAUUGUUUAAAUAUGACUGGAACAAAAACUAAUUAUCCAUGCUUUUCUCUGUGUGAGAGAAUCCCACUGGAUUUUAGUAUUUUAGCACCUUGUUGUCAGAAAUGAUUCUCGCCUUUUUGAUGCAUCUCACAACUCCGCUGGAAAUGAUUGUGGCUCUGUUUACACCUGGUAUUGAUAUGCGUCUUGGGUGAGUGGAUCACAAGCAGACUUCACUAACGCACAGGUGUGAAUGCACACAAUGAGAUCAGAUCCCUCAGACCACAUUCAGACUCAGACAACUUUAUUCAUUCGGAGGUGGUCUGGUCCGCAUAUGGCCACGUUCUUUCACCAGGGUGAGCGCUAAUGUGUUCUGGGCCACAUGAAGGACUGCCUGCUCAGCUGACGUCCUUGAGUAUCAACUCCUCGCCAGUACACGCAGCGCUGAAGGACCGUCUGCUCUCCUGGCAAACGGUCAGUUCAACGUCUGCCCAGUUAGAAGCAGCUUUAAACAGUACUUAGAAACUCACACAAACACUAAAAUGGCUCUACUCUUUCUGAGCUGGGUAACGCUGUGUGAUGCUAACAGUUAGCCCUGGCACUGUGUGAUUAUGGGCAUACCCUCCUACUUAGCCACAGUGACACAUUUAGCUUUCGCAAACAAAAUGAUGUAUGCGUUAACUUGCAUAUAGAGCAGAAGACUGAGAUCUAAAUACAAGUGGUCUGUUGAGAGGCAUGGGGAGAAGCAUCCUAAUGCCAGGUUAAAAAAGACUUUGAACUGACUGCUUGUGGUCAGAUUGUCCAAGACGCAUGUUAAUACCAGGUGUAAAGCUCCGUGAGGGGGAUUUUUAUAGGUAUACAUGGGGAUUCCAACAUUUAGCUUUACUGCAAUAGCCUUCAUUAAUCUCAAUUUUUGCUAUCAAACAAGUCGAUCAGGGAUCAGGGUUGAUUUAAAUAUUAGCUGGACUGACCUAAAAUGAAUUAGGAUACAUAAAAAUAUGUAUUUGAGUGUUAUUUCUUAUCCAUGUUUUGUAUCCAUCAUUUCAGUUAUUAUGAGUUAGUGUUAUUGUUGAAUUGUUCUGUGGUGGACAGCCGUGUUGAUGUCAUAUGAUACUGUUUUGACUCAAGUCCUUUACCUGACCUGAUGAACUCUGAUGACGUAAUCUGAUCGUGUAAUGAAAAAACAAGUUACUAAGAAAUGUAAACUGUGAAUGUAAUUCUAAAUAUAUUCUACUUGCUGGCUGUUGCUAAAUGUUUUGCCUUUCACAAUACUGCAGUAUCUUUUUUUUUUCUUUUAAAGGUCUGUUAUGCAAAGUGACACUAUGCACAAAAUGAACACCUCAGAGUGAAAUGACAUUCCAUUUCCAACACUUCAUUCAGUUCUUGAAUGGCAGAUGUCAUCCCAAGCUGCUGGGACAUAACUUAAUUGUGUGAUUAUGAAUUCUGCUACCAAAUUGCAUGAAUGUCAGGAGUAUUAAAAGUGUAAAUUAUCAGCA